CUAUCGUGAAUCGAUAUCAGCAAAUGGAAUUUGUGAAUUUUACUUCCCCGGUAAAGUGCGUCCAAAACAAAAACAGCAUUGUUGCGCUUUCGUUGGGGGCGUGACCGCGAUAAUUCCAGUGCUCCAGUGCAACAACAACGCAGCACAAGCCGAGCCGAAGAAGAAAAAGAGCGGAAAAAGUCAGAAAACCCAAGAAAAUCCCACAAAAUGAAGAGCAACGUUAAUCAGGGCGGUUACGCCCCACCUGGUUUUGGUUCCGGAUAUCAACCGAAUGCUCCACCCGCCGAGGGAUUUGGCUAUCCACCGCCCAGUGGCGUCCAUACCGCUCCUUAUCCUCCCGUCCCUGGUCAACAACCGCCGCCGCCCAUGAAUUACGGCUUCACUCCAGGUCCUCAGCAAGCCGGUUACGCUCCAGUUCCCCAGAUGCCGCCAUACGGAGAGACACCGCCUUAUGGAGCCGGACAACCACCGUAUGUGGGUGGUCCAGGAGGCCAACCACCUUAUGUGGGUGGUCCAGGUGGUCAGACACCUUAUGGAGGAGGUGCCCCACCGCCACAGGCUUUUGGAGGAUAUCCCCCUGGGCCAGCAGGACCAGCAGGACCUGGACACGCCUUCGGAGGAUAUCCACCGGGUCAGCCGCAACAGCCCAUCGUCACGCAGCCGGGAAUGGGUCCAGGAAUGGGUCCGGCAGUGCCACAGGGCGGACCAGGAGGCGACUGGAUGAGUAUACCUACCGGAAUUCCGAAUUGUCCGCGCGGAUUGGAGUACCUUACGACUAUCGACCAGCUUUUAGUUAAGCAGAAGGUCGAACUGCUCGAGGCCUUUACCGGUUUCGAGACCAACAACAAGUUCACGAUCAAGAAUGCUUUGGGUCAGAAGGUAUAUUUCGCGGCGGAGGACAACGACUGCUGUACGCGCAAUUGCUGUGGACCUUCGCGUCCCUUUGACAUGCGGGUCUUCGAUAACUUCCAGCAGGAGGUGAUCCACAUGCACCGUCCAUUGGCCUGCUCCUCUUGUCUGUUUCCUUGCUGUCUGCAGAGCAUCGAAGUCUCGGCACCGCCAGGCAAUGUCAUUGGCACCAUCGAACAGGAGUGGUCCAUCUGCUCGCCAUCCUUCCGAAUUCUCAAUCAUCUGGGCGACACAGUCAUGCGCAUCGAGGGACCCUUCUGCACCUUCUCGCUGUGCGGCGACGUUGAAUUUAAUGUGGUAUCGCUCACUGGCGAGAAGGUCGGCAAGAUCUCGAAGCAGUGGUCCGGCCUGGCUCGUGAAAUUUUCACGGAUGCGGAUUUCUUUGGCAUCAGUUUCCCACUGGACUUGGACGUGCGCAUGAAGGCCGUUCUGCUGGGCGCCACAUUCCUGAUUGAUGCCAUGUUCUUUGAGAAGUCUGGAAACCAAGAGACCGAUAGACCAGGAAUGCUAUAGGAAUCAGGUGGUGGCUUGUUCUGCGACUGUUUAUGCCAUGCGGCCGAGUGUUGCGCUGAUUGCGAUUGCGCAGAUUGCGAUUGCCCUGAUUGCGAUUGUGACGAUUAAAAAAGAAGGAACAUUAUUUUUUGAGUUGCCGCUUUAUCCAGAUAUCUUCCCAGUGAACUGUCGCGUACUAGUCUUGUGUACCAAAUGCUUGUUGACGAAAAUGAAUUCGUAAUAAUGAAACUCCUUGUUAAUUUUGAUAUUGAAACUGAAACCUAUUUAACUCAGGCUUCCUUCUACUGGACAUUGCCAGAAUAUUAAAUUAUCUUUAAGUUAUGAGCAUUUUUGCUAUUUCGCCACAUCAACGAUAUACAUAUUUAACGAAAAAUCAGCUUUAUUCAUGAAGAUUUAACGAUGCACAUUGAAGGAAAACUAACUAACGAGCUACUCGUUAUUAAACCAAGUACUUUAAACUGUAUUUUGAGUGUCUUAUACAUAGAAACAUAUAUAUACCAGAGUAUAUUGUUAAGCUGUCAGGAAUUUAUAUAUACCCUUACUAUAACUACCGAAGAAAUUUAUGUUUUCUUUUAUGUAUUACUAUGAUGGUUGAAUAAAUCAUAAAGAAAUGUA